AUGCAAAACGAAUGUACACAGCAUUCUUUAUCAGCACCGCCUCCACCCUCAUCCUGUUACUCAUCAACGCUAUCCUUAGAUCACUUGUCAUUAUGCUCCAAACAUCCAGUGUUAACCAAUGAAGAUGAUCCAAUAAAUUUAGAAUUUAACGCUUCAACAUCAAACUAUGCUUCAACUCUUUUAACAAAAUUAUCCUCAAUGCGUGAUAAACCAGAUUUAUGUGAUUUUAAAAUAAUUGUUAAUGAUAAAACUUUUUUAUGUAAUAUGAGUGAAAGUUAUUCGGAUUAUGUUGUUUUGAAAGGCUUUGAAAAUUCGAUUGGCGUUCAAUCAAUGUUAAAUUUUGCAUACAGUGGAGUAUUAUCAAUUACAUUUGAUAAUAUUAUGGAUCUAUUACAUUCUGCUACUCAUUUACAAAUUCAUGAUGCUAUUCAAUUAUGUUCAACAUUUUUGAUAACAUCAUUAACAAUUAAUAAUUGUGUUGAUAUCUAUAAGAUAGCUGAUUUAUAUACAUUAGCGGAUGUUCUUUUAGUUGUAAAAAGUUUUAUACCACAAAAUUUUAUUGAUCUAAUGUUAUUAGCUCGAGAACAAUUUGAACAAUUGAAUUUAGAACAAUUAUGUCAUGAAUUACAAAAAGAUACGUUAGAUAUUAUUAAUGAAUACGAUUUAUUUAAUAUGGUUUGUUUAUGGAUUAGCAGUAAUAGACAAGAAAGAUUACAAUAUUCAUCGACAUUAAUGAAACAUAUCAGAUUUAUGUUAAUGACCCCUGAGGAACUUGUGGAUAAAGUAAUUGAUAGUGAUAUCAUAAGAUCAAAUGAUGAUUGUAAGCAGCUGAUAUUGGAUGCACUAUGCUAUUAUUCUUUACCAAAACGUCAACCAUUAUUAAAUACCAUUCAGUGUCGAAUUAGAAAUGAGCCGGUUCUUGUUGCUGUUGGUGAAACAGAAUUAUUUACAUUGAAUGCAAAAUGUGAACGAUGGGAUUCUAUUUGUCAGGCACCUCUCGAAGAAAAUUAUCCAUAUCCAUUUGCAGCUAUAACUGUUAAUAAUUAUUUAUAUGUAUUGGGUACAAGACGUUCAACAAGUGAAGAAUAUAAAUCGUGUUAUCGUUUUUCAACAAGAACAUUUGAAUGGACAAAGUUACAACCAUUAUUACAUGAUAGAUCAAGAUUUGCAGCUGCCUAUAUUGAUAAAUAUAUCUAUAUUAUGGGUGGAUUUGAAGGAUUUAAACGAACAACUAGGGUCUAUGUCAAUACGAUUGAGAGAUAUUCGAUUGAAAAUGAUCAUUGGGAAUCUUUUUCUAACGAUGGACCACAAUUAUCAUCGUUGGCCUCUUGUGCAUACGAUGAUAAGAUUUAUCUAGGUGGAGGAAAAAAUGGACAAUGGUCGAAAAUAGCUGAUUUUUAUUGUUUUGAUAUAAACAAAAAGCAAUUAGAACGACGAGCAAGUAUGCUGAGUGCAAGAACAACACAUAAUAUGACUGUAUUCGAUCAAAGAAUACUGGCUAUCGGAGGAUUUGAUGACGAUGGUAACGGUAUGUUGAGCAUUGAAAGUUAUGAUGUUAAAAACGAUCAAUGGACAAUAUUAACGAAUAUACCGGGUGCAAUAUCAAAAACGUGGCCACAGAGUUUAGGCACAGUUGGACGACGUAUCUAUAUUUCUGUGUUUCAUACAUCGAACUCAUUUAUUGUUAUGCAAGAAGGUUAUUAUUAUAAUCUUGACGAACAAAAAUGGAUUAAAGCUCCAGUAGUGCAUGAACGGGCGAGAUAUUGCCCAACCGUACAACUAAGAUUUCCGAAAUCUGCUCUUAAUAAUACAGACAAGAAUAUCACAAAUAAUUCAACGACAACCGUCUGUGCUUCUCCUCUUAUUGAUAACUCCGCAAUAAUAACAACAGUACCGAACAUGAAUCAUUAA